ACGGAAGAAGUAAAGAAGUAGAGGGAGAAGCUGAAACAUGGCGGCCCGCACACGGCUGCCCUUGCUGUUCCCCAAAAACCUGCCUCCGUUCAGACAUCAAAAGCUCGUCCACACAGAGGCUGUAGUCAAGGAGCCCCAGUACCCUCCCAUCGUUCCCUCUCUCACGGCUAAAAGCAAAUCGGCCCAGCGACGGCAGUUUGAGGAGCGGGUGAAAACGAUAUGUGCCUCCCCGGUGGAGGAGAAGCUGUCCCUUAUCACUCGUAUCCAGCGGCAGAAGUUCGUGGUUUAUCCUCAGACUUUCGCCCGGAACGCAGACAGAUGGUACCAACACUUCACCAAGACCGCGUAUAUCCCGGGCCUGCCCGAGAAAUUCAACCUGAAUGCAGAGAAGACCACCGGGGAGGAGGGCUCGCCUUCGGCCGCAGCUCAAGUCGCAGUACCGGGGAUUGACGAUAAUGCAUUCGCCGACAUCCGCUCCAUGGUCACCAGUGUGAUUUUACAGGAGCAGUGGUACAUGAAUAAACGUAAACCUUUCUUGUACCGAGAGCAGGAAAUGAUGGUCGGACCUUUACUUAGAAACCUGGUGACCGGACUUACGUUUAGUUUGGCCAAAUACAACCCACUGCUCCUCCGCUCCAGUCUUGAUAUUAAUCCCCAAGUGAACUUUUACUGGUGGAGAGGACAGAGAAUCAUUCCAAAGGGGCACCGAAAAGGCCGGCAAGAGCCAAUCAGGUUCCAGAUUGACGACCGGCCACACAGUCAGAUUAGGAUCUCUCAACAGCUGCCACAGUUUACCCCACUGGAGGCCUCCUAUACAGCUGAAGUUCCAGAGAUCACGUAUGCUCCCAACCUGAUGCCUCUGUUCAGACGACAGUACGACAACAAGAUCUUCACAGGUUCUAAGCUACCAGACCCUGUAUGCUACGGUCACACCCAGUUCCACCUGGUUCCCGACCAAUACCGGAGAGACCGGAUGGCUCGGCAGCAGCAGUCUGACCAGGUGGAGGUCUUCCUCAGAGCCAAUGGACUUGCCAGCCUCUUUGCCUGGACAGGAGCUCAGGCCAUGUACCAGGGUUUCUGGAGCCACGAGGAUGUCACCAGGCCUUUUGUGUCCCAGGCUGUGAUCACCGACGGCCACUUCUUCUCCUUCUUCUGCUACCAGCUCAACACAGUGGCCCUCUCCGUGGACACAGAUGCCAACAACCCCAGGAAAAACCUCCUCUGGGGCACCGAGAGCAUGCAACUGUACGAGAGGGUGGAGAAGGGAGAGGUGGUUGGCCUGAACGACAGUGUCAUCAAGCUGCUGGUUCAGUUCCUCCUGAACCAGCCAUAGACUUCUUCAGGUGUCCGUCCUCUUUUGCGAUUCUUUGCCUCUGUCUGCAGAUGAAAAAUGUGCGUUCUCCAAGGAACUGGAAGAUGCAGGAAAUGGAAGAGAAAGUGCUCUGACGGAACCAACAUGGCCAACAUGAGGAAGUUCUGGGUUAAUCUGUGUUAAACGGGUUCAUUUGUUUAACAACUGAUCAAAGUACUGAAAAAUAUACUAAACACACAUCCCUGGUUGUUAUUAUUGUGCAAACUGUAUUUAUGCAAAAAAUAAAAUCAUGCUUUACCAAG